CAUGUCACUUGAUUGUGGUUUGAAACAACUUGAUCCUUAUCACCCCGCCAUAUUUAUUUUUAUAUUAUACUCAUUAUUAUUUAGGCCUAAAUAAUUUGAAGAGCCAACAUUGAAAUCACAACUUCCUGCUAAAUGUCGUGAAGAUUAUAUCUCUUAUAAAGCACCUGUCUAUCCAGAUAGUUCAGCAUAUGAAUUAACCGAAGAAGAUAUUCAUUUCCUUUCUACUAUUAAUGAAAAAUUAACAAUACCUGUUCAUAUUGAAGAUUUUGAGUAAUAUUUAUCACUGCUUGAUUAAAAGAGUGGAAAAGACGUAGAAAUCGACUUUACAGAAUUUAUUAAACUCAAACUACCCUUACCUAAAACUAUUAAUAUAUAAAUAUAAUCUAUCUAGGAAUAAUUAUAUGCAUACUUUAAAAAAUAGAGAUAACAUUUUUCUCGUCCUUUAACUAGAUAUCUUAUGCAUCCCUAUUAUGAAGAUAGUAAUCCUCAUUUAGCAUUUCGUCCUAGAACUUAACCUAUGGAUAGAACUAUGAAAUUAAGGAGAGGGAAUCCUUAAAAUACUAGAGGUGUUAUUGAAAUGGAAAAUUUGGGAUAAAAAAUUGUUACAUUAAAAAAAGAUCUACUCAUGGUUUCUAAUCUUAUUGAUCAAAGUUUAUAAAGAGAAAAAGCUAUGGAAAUUGAUAGGAGAUUUACUUUUUGUAAAUUCAUUAAAGAAUUCUUUGAUCAAUCUAAAAGAGAAAAAGAUAGUAAUUCAGAAAUUAAAUUAUGGCCUAAAGAUUGUUUUGUUAGAGAUUGUUAAGAUAAAUGUCCUAUUAAUAUAGUUGAAAAAGCUGAAGAAAUGUUUGAUCAUAUUACUAAAGAAAUCUAAUCAUGGAAAGAAUUAAAUGAAAUCUAAAAAAGAGAUAAACUAAAAAAAGAAGAUCAAAUUAAUAGAUAUGAAAAAUAAAUUGAAGAUUUAAUUAUAGAAAAAUAAAAAUAUGAAGAAAAACCUAUUAUUAUUUAACCUCCUCCUAUUCCUUAACCUACUUUUGUACCACCACCUAUACCGAUAUCUCAUCCAGAACCUCCUGAUGAAAAAAUGGAAAGUGUUGCUAGGUUCUUAGCAACUUUAUAUUUGGAGGCUAGAAAAUAUUAGUUAACAUUUGAUUAAGUCUUAUCUGAUUCAUUUCCUAUCUACAAAAUCUAAAAUCAAUAAUAACCAGUCAACUCUAAAAGUGUAUUCCCUUUUUCAUUAAUGCAAAUUGAAGGAAAUGAUUUAAUUUAUAAAGUAAGAAAAGAUAGUUGUUUAGAAAAAAAAGAUAAGGCUUAUUGGGAAUGUUAUAAUGAUUCAUCUCUAUCUAAUACAUUAUAUUAUUAGAAUAAUUACUUUAAAGAUAAAGUUAAUGAUAUUAUGGAAAUGGCAGACAUGGAUUAAAUGGUUUAUGCUUAAGGUUUAGAUGAUGAUAAACAAGAUGAAGAUGAUAAAAUGUUCAAAAAGAAAGUCAAAGGAAGUACCACCAGAUUAACUGGGGCCAAUGGAGCAUAAAUAAAAUGA